UCUGUUUCGUUAACUUUCUCUCUUUUAAUUUCAGGGGCGAAAUUAUGAUAAGUAACACAAAGAAACCACUUUAGUAAGGUAACUUAUUCCUUGUUAAUCUUAUAAUAAAAAAACAACAACUCAGCUAUUUUUAAAUAUAAUAUGAAAUAAUAAGAAAUAGUUAACGUGCAAAGAUAAAUACUUUAUAGAUACACAAUCUCAAAUAUUAUGAUAUUAACUACUUAUACAAUAUACAUACUGCAUAUAGUAUUAAUAUAAACAGCUGACAUAGAAAGAAACGAAACAAGACUAUAUAAUUAAAAAGAAGAAGAAAAGGGGAAUUUUUAAUUAUAAUCUUAAAAUCUUUAAGCCUAAAUUAAUUAAAAGAAACUAAUUUGCAUAUGAAUUAAAAAAGAAAGAGAUUCAUCUUUCGAAAGAGAAUCUAUUAAAUUAUUUGCAUAAAUAAGGAAAUUCAAUAUCAGAAACGUUUUUGAGAAACGACAUUAUAUAAAUCAAUAGAUGUUUUGGAUACAUAUGAAAACAAUUAUAAAAUUCUUAUUUUAUUAUGUAAUAUUAAUGAUAAAAAGUAGAAUAUUAACUGUAAAACAAUAAAGAAAGAAGAAAAGCGAGAUUUUGUUCACGAGUUGUCACAUUUAUAAUUUUGUUUGUCAAACUUCCACGCUACUUUUUAGAAUUCUUUGAGCAAUCAAUAUUAAUAUACUAUAUGUAUUAGUAGAGCUAUUGUUGUAUUAUAUAUUAUAUAUUAUAUAUUAGAUAGUAUAUACUGUGCUUUGGUAUUCUACUGCAUCUUUUAACACCAAAAAUAAUGAUAUUUCAUCCAUAGGAUAUACAAUUACAUUGUUCGUUUUCCUUCUUCUUUAACCAUACAACUUCAUCAAUCCUAUAAAGCUGGUAUCAUUAUGUUUAAAAACACCAUAAAUAUAUACUUCUUUUAAUGUCCAUAUAACCUUUAACCAUACUGGAUUAUCAAAUUUACCUGUAAGAUUUUCCAAACGUUUUUCAUCCAACUCUUUUCCAAAUGGUGAUAUAAUCUUUACGGUUUUCUCUUUUAAUAAUAUAAUAUUCUCACUUGGCAAUAUAAAACAAUUUCUAUAAUUGAAAUUUUCUAAUUUUAGUCUAUGCAUAAGUAAAAGACAACCGGAAGUUGAAUAUUUCAAUAAGAAAUUAUCUUUUAUAUUCUCUUCUCCUUUCUCUAAAAUCAAAUAUAUACAAUCAACUAUAAUUUGUAUGUAGAUAACCCUAUCGUAGUUGUGUUUAAUGGCAAUUUCCCAUUUUUUACUCUCACCAUCAUCACUAUCAAUAGGAAAACAAUAAACUUUACCAGCUUCUACUACAAUUAAUACUUUUGGACCAAUAGCGAAUAGAGCAGAUUUUCCAUUGGUUGAUUGAUCUUGUUGAAUUUCACCAAUUUUUCGCCAUUCCUUCCUUACAUAUUUCUCGAUAGAUAUUCUAUCGGACGAUGUAUGUUCGCCAAUACUCUGAGUGGUGCCAUCUUUCUUUGAAUUUUUUCUAUUUAAUAAUUGACUAGCGUCUUGAGCAACUGAUGAUAAGAGAUUUUGAAAUCUAGAAGUUUCGAUUCCGCUAUCUUUCCUAACAGAUGUAUUUUUUCCACUUUCUCUCCAAUAUAUUUGAUAAAUGACCCCUUUAUGAACGGCGAAUAGAGCAUUUGACGACUUUAAUGGAAUUUUCGUUAUUGAUGAACCUGAUUCUUUACAUGAAUAUUCAAAUAAUUCAUUCUUAUUCUUCUCGUAUAUUAGAUCAUCUUCGUAAAUUAUACAAUUAUCUUGAUCAACAGCUCUUUUCGUUUCGUUACAAGACGUUAUAUUCAUAGGAGUUCCCUCCUCCAUUGACCUUAGUAAAUAAAACUUAGGAUUAAGGUUUAAUUCGUAUGUAAAUGUGAUUUGUGUAUGCUCUAGUUUGUAGUUGUUCCAUAAAACUUCUUCGAAGAGCUUCUCACCGUCACCUUCAAAGUCUAUUGGGGUCAAUGUAAGAGAGUGUAAAUAGGCCUGAUUCUCACGCCAUUUCCUCUUGAAUGACUUGUACGUUUCUUGAAUACUUUUUAAAAGUUCUUGUUCCUUAUUAUGUAUAUUAUCUGACAAUUCUUCUAUACCAUUCUUAACAUCUUUAAUAAUGUUACCUUCGCUUUCAUUCCAAAACUUGAUCAUAUUACUCUCAUUUUUAAAUCCUGACCAAUCCGUCUUGGAAUCAACUUGUUCCAAAUACUGGAAUAGAUUAUUUUUAGGAAUACCAUCAAUACCAUUUUCUGGCCAUUUAAUAUCCUCUUUACAUUUUGGGCAGGUAAAUAGAUUAUCGCAUUCGUUAGAAUUAGCAAAAUUCUGUAAACAACUCGAACAGAAUGUAUCACCGCAAGAUAGUAAUCGUGGAUCCUUAUCAAUCCCUAAUUUUUGACAAAUAACACACUUUAAAUUAUCUUCUUCAAUUCUUAACCAUUUUUUCGCCAUAUUAAAAAGUUGAUAUAGCUGGCUUAAGUAAUUCUCUUACUAUCAAAACGUAUCUUAUUUGAUGUGUAGUAAUUUAACAGUGAAAAUAAAAUUCCUUUUCUUUGAGUUAAUAUUGAAAUGCUUUAAUAUGAUUGAAUAUGGUUUAAAGAAAAAAGAUGAAUAAGAGAGAACUUAGAAGGGAGACUCGAAGGUGUGGGAAGAAGAAGAAUAAGAAAGGUUACAUUUAUAUAUUGUUAUUUAUGUCUUUCAGAAAAUAUUUUUUGGCCUUUCAUUCUCACACAUUCACUCUGUAUGCUUUUACAAUCUCUCUCUCUCUCAGCAUUUAGUUUUCAACCUAUAGUGUCAUUUUGACAGGUACCUUCAUGUACUUUAGCUUAAGUAAGUCUCUUUUCAACAUAAUACUAAUACAAUUUAUUUAAUAGUUUUGUUAAAAUAAUCGCUGCUUUAUUCAUUCCAAUGUUCAAUACUACGGAGAAUCUCUCUUUUAGUAACUCACGUGAUACGUCACGUGGAAAAAAAUCAUGAAUAAACAUUAUACAUUUUCUCCCUGGUAAAUAGAUAAAAGUGUAUUUUUUUUUAGUUUGGUUACCCGUCUUGCAACAAAUCUAUCAAACAUUUAAUCAAAAUGAAAACAUCAGAAGAGAUUUCGUUAAAAUCAAAUGAAGAGAUACCGCAAUCAACUGAAGAAACUGCUGAAGAAGUUGAACGUCCUAUUAGUGAAUAUGUAACCUGUAAAGGUAAAAUAAAAUUCAGGGGCUAUGGCCUAGAUGCUACUACUCCUGCAUCUUACAUUGGAGUAUCAGGAAGUUGCGGUGCAGAUUUAAUGACUCAACUCUUUGAAGACGAUUGGAAAUUAAAACCUCCAAAAUUGAUUAUUUCUGUUAUUGGAGGUGUAAGGGACUUUUUUAUGGAAACAAACUUAAAAAAUUUCUUCAAAAGAGAUCUUAUAAAGGCUGCAUCUUCAACUGAAGCAUGGAUAAUUACUGGUGGAUUAGGUUCGGGAGUAACAAAACUUGUUGGCGAAGCUGUUGGUGAACAUAAUUUUCUCUGUCCUCAUUCGGAACGUAAUAUUGUUGCAUUAGGUAUAGCUCCAUGGGAUGUUAUUGAAAAUAAAGAAUCUCUUGUCAACGAACAUGCAGCAAAAGAUAGUUUUCUGGUUAAUUAUAGACGUAAUAAAAAUUCUGAUAAUAAUGAAGAACAGGAAAAUCGUAUAUUACCUCUUGACCAUAAUCAUACACAUUUUAUAUUAGUUAAAAACAAACAAGGAAGUGGUUACGGGUCUGAAAUUCCCUUUAGAUUUCGUCUUCAACGAUAUAUUAGUGAGAAAAAGAAAUACUCAUUUAGUUUUAGGCAAAAUUUUAAGGUACCAGUUAUCUCUUUAAUAGUAGAAGGAAGCUUAAACGCUAUUCAAAAUGCAGCAUCCGCAGUUGAAAGUGAUCAGAAAAUUUUGGUGAUAAAAGGUUCUGGAAAAGCAGCUGAUUUAAUAUCAUACGCUUAUCAGAAAACAAUGGUACCUGACGAUGAAAGUAAAACUGUAUACCCUCCGGAUUUUGAGAGUGAAUUUAGUAAAGAAGUUGAAUAUAACUUUGGAGAAGCUUUCAUAAACAACCCUCAUAAAUUUCCAAAAUGUCUUAGCUACAUAAAGAUAAUAUUGAACAAAAGAUCGUUUGUUACAAUCUUUCUAAUUGACGAUGAUGAUAAGAUAAAGGGAAUUGACCAAGCUAUAUUUAUAUCUUCGUUUGAAGCUAAUAAAUCCGAUCCUGAAUCCCAAUUAACUUUAGCUAUCGAAUGCAAUAGACACGACAUUGCAAGAACGAAAAUAUUUUCUAGAAGAAAUAAUCUAUUCUGGGUAUCGACAGGUCUAGAUAAUUCACUUGUCAGAUCUUUAAUGCAAGAUAAAGCUAAAUUCGUUCAAAUUUUUCUUGAGAAUAGUGUUUACUUACGACAUUUUCUGAGAGUUGAUCAACUACAAGACCUCUAUUGGAAUAGUUUACAAGAUGAAUCAAGACAAACAAAUGCUAAGUUAUUACGUAACCUACUUAGGAAAGCUAUACAGAAGAAGGCGAUAAAACAAUUAAAACAAAAGUUACCAGAUUUACUCUUAAGUUAUAUUGGUAAGAUUUUCUGUUCUUUUGUCAAGGAAUCGGAGAAUAUUUACAGUAGCAAAAGAUACAUGACAAACAAAGCAAGUAAACUGAAUGAUAAUUCUAGUAUUGAAGAAUCCACUAAUGAAAACAUUACCGUUGAACUUCCCGAGAGAGAUUUGUUUUUAUGGUCUCUAGCGUUUAAUAAACAGAAUACUGCUUUUCUAUUUUGGAAGCUUGGGAGAGAUCAUAUUGGAGCUGCUUUAACGGCAGCAUCAAUUAUGAAAGGUUUAUCUAAUGAAGCUCGUAAACAGCAGGAAUUCGAUUUAGCACAAGAUUUUAGUAAUCAAGCAGUCGAAUGGGAAUCGAAAGCUGUGGGUAUAGUGAACGAAUGUUUCAGGAGAAAUAAAAAUUACGCUCAUAAGCUCCUUAUAAGAGAAUUAGCAGAUUGGGGCAAUUCAACAGUACUUUCUUUAGGCUAUUCGCUCCAAUCAAUGGAUCUGAUAAGUCAUUCGUGUUGCCAAACAAAAUUAAAUAUAAUAUGGAAAGGUGAAAUAGCUUUGGAAACUGGUCAAUGGAGUAUUUUCCUAUCUAUAUUACUACCAAUACUCAUACCGUAUUUAAUAAAAUUUACAAAAGAACGCAAUAGUGAAGAUUCAAUCCGGAAGAGAGGUUCAAUCAAAUUUACAAAUUCUUCGGCAUCCAAACAACAGAUAACCUUUGAAAAGAAUAGCGACGAUGAGGAUAAUGAUAUGAUCAGCGACAAUGAUGAAGAUAGAUAUCAUCAAUUUAGAAGAUUUGGAAAAAGAUUUAACUUAAAACGUAUUUUUGAUAAAACAGACAAUCAUAUUGGCAUUUUCCGUAGGCUAAGAUACUUUUAUACAGCUCCCAUUUCAAAAUUCUGGUGCCAUACGGUAAUAUCUUUUUACCACUUUCUUUUUCUCUAUCCUAGUACUUUCUUACAGAUUUCCUAUAUAAUCUUUUUGGGAGUAUUCUCAUAUUUCGUACUCACUGAUCUACACCCAUGGACAAAAGAUAAUAGGCCUAGUUCUUUUGAAUUUAUUAUAUGGAUAUGGUCAACAACAUUAUUUAUAGAAGAGAUUCGACAAAUAGCAACAACAAAUUCACCAUCUUUAGGUAAAAAACUAAAGAAACAUGUUGAAAACGUAUGGAAUAAAUUUGACUUACUCGCUUACUUUCUCUUUAUGGUAUCAGUUAUUAUAAGAAAUACUCUACCAAUUCGUCAUUUUAUGUGGGUCAGAAGUUUCUACUGUAUAUCUUUAGUAACAUUCUACCUUAGAUUUUUGCAUGUAUUCUAUGCCUUUGAAAAUAUUGGUCCUAAAGUUAUUAUGAUAAGAAGAAUGUUAACUGAUUUACUUUUCUUUAUUGCUAUAUUACUUGUAUUUAUAGUCACUUAUGGAGUAGCGAGUCAUGCUCUUCUCUUCCCUAAUACGCCCGCUAGUUGGAGUUUAUUGAAGAAUGUUAUUUAUAUACCGUACUGGCAAAUGUAUGGCGAUUUAUUUCUCGACCACGUAGAAGGAAAUUCAGAUAAUUGUAAUUCUACUAUUGGUAGCGAUAAUCCUUGCCCUAAAAAAUCUGUUUUGGCUGUUGUUCUAUUUGCCAUAUAUAUGGUUAUCACAAACGUUCUAUUAUUAAAUCUGUUGAUUGCAAUGUUCGCAAAUACUUUUGAAAGAGUUCAAGAAAACUCAGAGAAAGUUUGGAAAUAUUAUAGAUAUAAUUUGAUUCAAGAAUAUUUCGAUAGGCCUACCCUUGCACCACCGUUUAUCAUACUGACUCACAUUUGGAGAUUGCUUAAGAACUGUUAUUUAAAAGCUAAAAGCAGACAAAAGAAGAAUACUUAUUUAAGGAGUUCCUUACCUGAAGAAGAAACUAAGAAAAUGGCAUUAUUCGAAAGGACUUGUACAGAAAAUUAUUUUUUAAUUCAAAAUACAAAAUCCUAUUAGAAUGAUUAAUUAUUUCUAUUAAAAACUUAUUUAUUAAUAUCCAAUAAAUAAAUGUAGUUUGACAUUUACAACUUGAAACUCGCCGCAAACAGAGAACGAAAGUAGAAGCUAAAUAUACAUCUCGUAUACAAAGCCAAUACAACUUUUCUUUAAAAACUUCUUUUCAGAAGGCUGUUACUCAGUUAAGAUUUUUUUUUAAGAUUUAACAUUCUUUCUUGUUAUUCAAGUUCCAUUUACACUUUUUCUAUAGGUAUUUACUUCCGUCUUUUACCAUUUUCUACAAGUGCACAUGGUAAACACACGAAAAGUUUUAAAUUAAUUAUAAGCAGCCACAAUAACAAUUAUAAUCCACACAGCUCCAGCUAUGUACGCAAGUAUACUAAAACCGAGAGCUGUUUUAGAAGAACUAUACGCUGCUUCAGGAUUAGUGGCUUUCGUAGUGCUACACGAAAGACUAAAUAUCAGAGCCACAAUUCCAAAAGGGAAAAAGAAUAAUAUCGAGACUACACUCAGCCACUGAAAGAGGAAAGCAUACGUGUGUAUAUGCUUUAACUACUUUAGAGAUGGUAUACUCACAAGAUGAUCAUUAAUAUGUUGUCUCUCUUGCCUUAUAAUUGGCAUAGGCGAAACUGGCCCAGGAUUAGGAUUAGUGCUUGGAACACCAAUUUGGAUACUGGUAUUGACAAUGCUUGAAUUUCCCCCUUGCUGCUGUUGAUUUGGCUGCUGUU